AUGGCCAUGACGACGAACGAGCAAGCACAGUGGCACGCACACUUACAGACCCCAGUGCUCUAUAAUCAUCACGCGCCCAUCGAAGUCGAGUCGGCAUCGAUACAGAGUGUCGAUCUUAAUGGAAUCAUGUCCACUCCCAGGGCUGCUGUCAACGAGGAGCGCGUUCUGAUUCUGACUCCCCUGCGAGACGCCGCCCCCUACCUUAGCAAAUACUUUGACCUUCUGUCUGAGCUUACAUAUCCCCAUGAUCUUAUCGACCUUGCCUUCCUCGUAGGCGACUCCACAGACGAUACGUUGGCCGUGUUGUCGGCAGAGCUGGACAGAGUACAGAAGCGCACCGAUAAGAUACCAUUUCACAGCGCACUGAUCGUAGAAAAGGAUUUUGGAGCUAUCUUCGGCCAGAGCGUCGAAGAGAGACACGGAUUCAAGGCUCAAGGGCCUAGGCGGAAAGCGAUCGCUAGGGCUCGAAAUUACCUUCUCUACACUGCACUGAAGCCAACACACUCUUGGGUGUACUGGAGAGAUGUUGAUAUCCAGGACAGCCCUGGUAAGAUUUUGGAGGAUUUCAUGGAUCACAACAAAGACGUCCUGGUACCAAAUAUCUGGUUUCACCGAUACGAAAAUGGCCGUGAUAUAGAGGGUCGAUUUGAUUACAACUCCUGGAUCGAGUCUGACACAGGUCGCAAGCUCGCAGACUCCUUAGAUAAGGAUGUGGUUUUGGCUGAGGGCUACAAGGAGUACAACACCAAACGGAAGUAUCUCGUUACACUGGGAGAUUGGCGGAAUAACAAAGAUGAGGAGGUGGAGUUAGAUGGAGUUGGCGGCGUGAAUAUACUAGUGAAAGCGGAUGUACACAGAUCAGGUGGGUGGAAGCACAUCGGGCAGAUCCUCACAAGACAUAUGCUAAUGGUUCGCCAAGGCAUUAAUUUCCCAUGCUACGCCUUUGAGAACCAGGCCGAGACAGAGGGUUUUGCCAAAAUGGCGAAACGAGCAGGUUACCAAGUUGUAGGACUACCGAACUACGUGGUUUGGCACAUCGACACCGAAGAGAAGCGAGGAAAUCUGGGUUCGAGACCGGCAUAUUAG